UUUUUUGCAGCGCGCAAUUGUGGAGGUCCCCUAUAUAAGCAGGUGCUCGUGCCGAAAGAGAGUCACAGUUUCCGUAGCGAGACAGCAAAACCCCAGUUUCAUCAUGAACGCUCUUUUCGUCGUCGCCCUUCUGGGCUUUGUUGCCGCCGCUAACGCUGGCUUCCUUGGUGGCUACGGCUACGGCCACGGUCACGGCUACGGCCACGGCUACGGUCUUGGACUCGGCUAUGGUGUUGGCCACGGCUACGGUCACGGCUACGGCCACGGCUACGGCCACUACGCUGUCGCCCCCGCUGUUGUGAAGGUCUCCAACUACAAGACCGCCGCCUACGGCAGCCACAUCAACCACGGCGUGACCCUCUCUGCCCGCGGAUACGGCCACGGAUACGGCCACGGCUACGGCCACGGCUACGGUCACGGUGGAUACGGUCAUGGCUACGGCGUCGCCGUCGCUGCUCCCGUCGCCGUCGCUGCCCCCGUUGCUGUCGCCGUCGGUCACGGCUACGGCCACGGCUACGGUCAUGGCUAUGGCCACGGCUACGGCUACCACUAAGCGCAGACUGUGAGCACCUGUGUUGCCGCCUACAAGGCAUCAGUACACCAGUUCGGACUGUUCAACCCUCAGCCAGGACUGGCCACUUCGCGGGGCCUCGAGACGUUGGUCUGACAGACGACGGCGCGAGUCUGUACGAAAUGUCCCAAGGGCGCGACGCAGCUUGUACAGACUAGGAGAGCGUUGUUUCCAUCAACUGGAGUGUGAUUAGGCUGUUCGUCGCUUCUCACUGGUCGAUGAACUGUCGUUAGCAAAUAAAACAAGACGAUAUUUAUUGCGAAU